AUGACGCAAGGAACGAGUGAUCACAACGUCACCGAGACGGCCUUCGACGCCAUCAAAUGCAAAGCCUCUGCAGUGACACUUGGCUACUACAAUGAUUCAUUUCUUCGCUUCUUUGUCGAGAAACCCACGCGACGCAUACCUCUCAUCCAUCGUGGUUAUUACCUUCGGCAUGUAGCGAUAGCACGUUGCGUUGAGCUAUUUUUCUCACAGUAUAAAAUGUCAACCCGAAUCAACAUCGUGUCGUUGGGAGCUGGAUUUGACACGUUGUUCUUCCGUCUGCUAGCGCAACGACAAUUUACUGGCAGUAUCUCGUUCACUGAAGUAGAUUGCAACGCCAUUGUAGACGCCAAAAAAGUAUUGCUGAACGACAAACAAGUUCGUGCACAACUAUUUCAAAAAUACGCUAACGACUUGACCGUUGCUGAAUCGAUGGAGGACAACGUGGCUUGGCAGUGCCAUGUAUCAUGUGCAACGUACUCGCUCAUUGCUUGCGAUCUUGGGGACAUUCAGCGACUCAAUUCUUCAUUCAAAACCGCUGGUGUAGAUCGAAACUUGCCGACACUCAUUCUUGCCGAAUGCGUCUUGUCAUAUUUGGCUCCGGAGAAAGGCACAGAGCUACUUCAAUGGCUUGCAGCAACAUUCCCUAGCGGCUCCAUCGCAGUGUAUGACCCGAUUGCACUUCAAGGUGGUAGCGAAAAAAACAAUGAGCAAAGCGACCGUGAGACCAUAGAAGGGUCUGACGCAUUUUCUUCGACGCUGCAGCGUUACUUUGCUGUCAAAGGUUGUUCGCUACGUGGAGCAACGGGAUAUAGAACAGCAGCGGAUCACGCGCGGCGAUUUCUGGCCUUUGCGCAUUGGCACAAUUGUCGUAUCUUAGACAUGAACAGUGUUUUUGCGGCUUGCACAAGUGUAGAAGAGAAGCGCAGAAUAGCAUCUCUGGAACCUUUCGACGAGUAUGCUGACUGGGUUCUAUGUAAUGCUCAUUACGCAAUUUAUCUUGCAGACAACAACAAACGCCUAAGCGAGAACGACGGCGAGUGGACAAGUCAAUUUGUGUCUCGUGCAUAUCAACACCGCUACCUACUGACUAGUACUUGCGUACUACAGCAGCAAGAAUCUCAACCCGUGAUUAUUCGAACUUUCCAAAAUGAAGAUUUGGCUGCUGUGCGCUCGCUGUUUGAAAAUACCCACCUUGAAUUCGCAAGAAACUCACGCGCUGUGCGCGAGUUUGUCGUAAAACGACUUCGUGGACCUGUCGGAGAUAUGUAUGAUGUGCACCGAGCCUUUCAAAUCCCCGCCAGCACUGGAAUUUCCAAUAGUGGUUUUUGGGUAGCUGAACUAAGCGGCGCAAUUGUAGGGUGUGUCGGUCUAAAGCCCAUCGCGGGCGACCAACGCGCUGCUGAACUCUGCCGACUAAGUGUUUCAAGUGCAGUUCGACGUCGUGGAGUGGCUUCAGCUUUGGUGAAAUACGCUGAAGCCUUUGCAGUAUCUUGUGGUGCUUUCGACGAGAUUUGCCUUGAUACCAUUGGUACGAUGGAAGGUGCUCAGCAUCUGUACCGCUCUCUUGGGUAUAUUGAGCAGUUACAAAGCAAAAUGCAGUAUAGCUCGUUUAAACUCUUACGUUUCCGAAAAACGCUCUAG